CAAAUUUUGUCGCGAACGAUGCGGGAGGUUCGAUUUUUCAAGGUGGUUACGCAAGUAUGUAUACUGUUCUCCGGAAUGUUGCUUUACUCUCUUCAAAACAUAUUGGACUUCAACCUCUUUGUUCGCAAACACAUACUUUGAUAAAACAGCACCGUUUGUAUGUAGUUUUGCCCGGGAAAAUUAUGCCUUUACCACUUGUUUCCACAGUAGUUUCUAGAAACGCAAGUCAUGAAAGGAAAAUGCCUAAAAGAGUCUCGGACUUCAUGUCACGUGUAUUCUUCGAUAAUAUGCACUUCUAUAUUAUGUUGGGUCUUGUUCCUUCAUUGCUUCUAAUUUUUUUUGUCAACUUAUUUAUUGGGCCAGCCGAGUUGACGGACAUACCAGAGGACUAUGAGCCACGUCACUGGGAAUAUCAUAAACACCCUAUUACGCGCUUCAUUGCUAAGUACAUGUGCGAACAUCCUCAGAAGCUGUAUGAAUCUUCUUUAGCGGAAUUGGAUGAGGUUCGAUAUACUAAGGAGCUAGUUGAUGAAGAAAGAUGGUUUCGUAAGUCUCAACUUGAAAAAGGUGACUUUCGUGCUUGGUAUUUCGUCCCAGUUAAUCCAACUGGUAUUAAUCGCUCAUUUGAAAGACUCAUGAAAGAUCAAGAGGCUGGCCAACUAGUUAGUCGUUGAUUAUAAAACUCACUUCAGACUAAUACUUUGUAUUAUCUUUCAUCUAAAUGGAGUUUGUUUUAAUCCUAGAUUAAAUGUUAUGAAAAACUUUUGUUAUUCAUUCAUUAAUAAAAAAUUUAAUGUAUUUACAUGUUUUUGACAAUUAGUUCCUAAUAUCAAGUUCAAACUGGAUAACUAAACUUUGAUUAAAACGGUUUUUAUUGUCACCGAGAAUUCGGAGAAUCAUUUUGAGUUAUAAUAGUCCAACUAAUCGUCAAAGUUUUGUCUUUCAGAUGUAUAUUAAAGCAGGAUAAUCUCAUCUUCAUAAAGACUUUUCAGUUGGUAAUCAUUUUAACACUAAAAAGAUGGUAAAUGCAGUUCAACCAUCUUGGAGCCUGACACAGACUGGUUGUGGUUCUGGAAGAAAUAUGUAUUUAAAAAGUAAAAAGUGUGUAUAUGCUACUGUGUUGUAGUGAAUAUACGAUUUAGAGUAAAUACUAAGACGAGCACGUCGAUUAUAUUAACUAUUGAUAAGAUGUUUAUUUUUUAUUGCGUAAUGCAUUAUUUCGAAUUGAAUUUAAGUACAUGCUUUCAGUUUAUAAAUAUUUACCACCAUUUGGUAAUCAGUUCACAAGCAACUAAUAUUACAUUUGUAGUAAAAACCAUCUCAAUGUUUACUAGAAUCUCUCGUAUAAACCACAGCUUUAGGAUCUGUUAAAUAUAUAUGGUUUCUUCGUCAGCUAAGGGGUAGCAGAUCUAUGUGUAAUGAGUUGUUUCACUCCUGAAGACAACAGCCAUCGUGAUAUUUUUAGUUGUUUCUUGGUCUGAUGGUCCUAAUUUAGGAGUCUGAGGAUUAAAGAGAGCAAGAACAAAGAUUGGUGCAGAAUAAUAUGAAUUCAUUUUAUUUCGUUAGUUUCUCAUCAACUGCGUACAACUUAAAAUAUUUGAAAAUCAAUGUUAUUGCAGAUAUUGACCUUCUUAUACAUACGAGGGUGAUUCAAGAUGAAUAUAUGCAUUAUGGUGUAGCGAAGAUUUCAAUAGAGUUAAUAAGGUCAUGAAAAUUAUUUGUUUCGGAUAGAAAAAGUUUGAGACGGAAAGUUCCAGAACAUUGAAAUAGUGAUUAGAACUCAUGGAGUUAACAAACAUUAGGUGAUUGUGCAAUGAAGCAACUGAAAGCAGAAUAAUAGUAAUAAAGAAAGAAUAUGAAUUAAAGAAAAAUGACAAUGAUGUAGUUUAAAAUUUUGAAAGAGUUGAAAUGAUGAAUGACGUAAUAAAUAAAAAGGGUUUAAUGUUACCAGACAAAGAAAGAUUUAUUAGUCUCUUUUUGGAUACACAGAUCUGGUUUUAGACAUUUGAUUUCUAUCGCUUCAGCAAAUUUCAAAAGAUUGGAGUUUGAUUGUUUGUUAGUCACCUUGAAAGACUUUAGUGCAUCGACGUGAUCUCCUGUGUCAAGGAGAUUUCUUGCGAUGGCACUGCUGAAUGCUUCUAAUCCAUUUGAUCUUAAACUUCCCGGAAUAUGUUCUUUGAAUCAGACGUAGGCUCUCCUUUCUGUCCUACUAAUGUAACUGCUGUGGCAGAUGCAUGUAAAUUUGUAUACACAGUUGGUGGUUACAUGAAAGGGACACCUAUCGACCUUUGAUUGUGUUAUUCGAAUUGUUGGGUGGCUACUGAGUGAACAGUUGAAUAUAAUAGUGGACUAUAUUUUAUAUUAAAUUACACUAACCUCAGUUUUUUUUUAAAAUUGUAUUGUAACUUGGCUACCAUGCACAAAAACUUUACGGCCUAAGAACUGUACUUUUAUUUAUUUAUUUAUUAGGAUUUUGUAUCUCGGUAAAUUUCAUCAAUUAGAAAUGCUGAAUCAAGAGAGGUGGCGAGACUCUAAUUUAGGGACGAGCCAAUCAGAAGCGUUCGAGCAAUUUCAAUUAUUAGCCAAUCAGAAAACAGUUAGUAUAAAGUGAAAAUAUAUUAUAAGAAAGUAAUGAAUUACAGUGGAUAUUCUUCUUUUACAUGAUUUAAAAACUUGUUAAGGUUUGAUAAAGGUUCAGAAGUUCUGAAUGCAUAAUGCAUAUGGUAUAGAAACUCGUCCAUAGGGUUAGGGUUGUAGCCUCUCAAUAAACACCCUUUCUCUAAAAUCCGUUGUAAACCGAUCGUAUGUUAGCAUCACGUGUUGAACUUGGCUCCGUGAACUUGAAAUUGCUCAAACGCUUCUGAUUCGCUCGUCCCUAAAUUACAAUCUCGCCACCCUAACCCUAUGGACGAGUUUCUAUACCAUAUGCAUUAUGCAUUCAGAACCUCUGAACCUAUAUCAAACCUUAACAAGUUUUUAAAUCAUGUAAAAGAAGAAUAUCCACUGUAAUUCAUUACUUUCUUAUAAUAUAUUUUCACUUUAUACUAACUGUCUUCUGAUUGGCCAAUAAUUGUCAAGGUCAUUUACGAUUCGUUCAAAGGUCGUCCCUAAAUUAGAGUCUCGCCAAAAAAACUAUUCCAUUCAUAAAACAAACAUGAAUAUAUUUUCGAAUAUUUAAGUAAUUAUCUCGAACAUCUGAGAAAAACCACUCAUAUUUACAUCCUUCUUAUGUUCGCUUUGAUAUAUGGAAUGACUCACUGAAUCUUUAGUAGUUUUUAUGCUCAUGAAAUGUUAACUAAUUUGUUUGUUAUUUACUGUUGUGGACGUAUCGUCAUGAUUUUCACUAGUUCAGAAUUUUAUGCUUAACUUAUCUGAUUUAGAAUAAUAAUGAUAAAACUGGAAUCCCCAUUGUUGGAUUAUUACAAAAGCCAAUAGGGAUUAUUUCUUAAGAUUAAUCUGUUAGUAGUCCAAGGCAAAAAAAUGUAAUUCCAGGUAACCGGAUCUACUUAUGGAGUUGGUUCAUAAUCAUGCGUUUUCUGGUGUAGGCGGGAUCUUAUUUUCACUUGAAAUCUAGUAUUUUUAGUGUCUUAAAACCCCAUACAAAUAGAGUUUUAUUCUUUCUACAUGUUUAUUUCUACGUUUCUAUUUGUUAGAUUUCGGAAAACACUCAAAAUUAAAAAUGCUUAGAUGAUUAACUAUCACCACUAGUUUAUCUAGCAUUGGAGUGGCGAAAUCAUGUUGUAAGUUAGCUGUCUAAAAAUUUUAGCGGAACAAUGUUUUAUGGUUUUAAAAUCUCAGAUGCAUUUUUUAUUAUGGCAGCAUACAUGACUCGGAAACACGGUAGGUUCCACAUGACAACAAAGGAAGAAUCCAAUAGUAAUUAUUUUAAAUGAUAUUUCUAUGAUAAGGUCCUCAUGAAGUGUGGCUAAACAAAAUACUUGGAAAAAAUGGGAUAGUUUAUAAUUUAGGAAGGAAGAGUGUAUUUGUAAAAUUUCAGCGAAUGAAUUCGAGGUAAAUCCAACGUUUCCACCACUAUUUUGUCUAUAUCCAGAUUCUUGGAGUUGUUUCCAAUCUCGUACAGGUGGAUACAGACUACCUGGUUGCGGUCCGCGUGAUUAUCGCAACCAAUGGUUAGGGACUUUGAAUGACGUGGCUCAAAAUCGUUUGCAGUGGCGCAGGUGCAUCCAUUCUUUAUCUUCCAUCGAAUCCUGAGAUUUUGAAUUCCCCAAAUUUUUUUAUUGCACUGAUUUAUAUUUUCUUCUCUUAUCGUAUCUUUUAUCCCGAAUCGUUUUUAUUAGCACUGAUACUGAUACUACCUCUACUAUUCUGAGACUUGACCUAAUCAUUCCAUCUCUCUGUGUUUAUGGAGUAUGGCAAGUUGAACCUAUGUACAUACGUACGGGUUCUACUUUGUGAAUGACCGACCCUCUAACAGUUCAACUGGCUUAUGGUUACCCUCUACCACUAAUAAACCUUCAUGGCACAUUGACGGAAGUCUCUCAACUAUUGAUGAAUUUGAGAAUCCUAAAGGUAGUCUAAAACUGUGGAUAACAAACUGUCCUUAUGGAUUGACGCAAAAGGUGAUGAAGGAAUGUGAUCCAGUUUUAACUGUUAAACUGACAGAGAUAUUAGGUAGAAUCUGGAAUAUGAACGCAAUCCCAUCUAAGUGAUCUCAAUCGUUGAUCGUUCCAGUUUCUAAGAAAGGAAAAAUACUGUUGUAACUUUCACGGAGGUUUUAGUUUGACUAAAGUAAAUAUUAACUUCCAUGACCAUCGGACACCUAGCUAGUGUCUGCGAAGAGUGAAUGUGGGAAAACCAGGAUUGUUUGAGACCUGGACGUGGUUGUAUUAACCAAAUAUUCAUCCU